GUGAAUCUCGCGUUAUCCGGACAACCCGGUUCUCUCCCGCGCUCCCUUUUUUUGGUUUUCUCUGCCCAUGGUCCGUCGCCGCCCCGCUUCGCCGGCCGCGUGGGCGCCGCUGCUCAUGCUGACGACGCCGGGCCUCAACCUCUCGAAGCUGCUGGCCUCGCUCGAUGGGACCACGGCCUUCUGCGCCCAUGUCUGCGAGGCCUUUGACGGCGUCAAGCUCACGCACGUGGUGGUCGACCGCCACGGCGCGCCCGCGCUCCUCCUGCUCGCCGGCGCCCUCGCCAUGCACGCGCACUGCGGCGUCGCCUUCCUCCAAGACGCACAUGCCGCCGACCGAUCGCUGCUCUUCCUCACGGACCUCGUCGAGCACGGCGACGACUUUUUACGGCAGGUCGAAGCCGCACGGACCAAGUGCAACGGGUCGCUUGUCGCGGUCGCCAGCGUCUGCGGCAAGGAAGAGCUUCCAGACGAGCUCAAUCUCUCGGUCCCGUGGUUUUGUGGCUGGACGCCCAAAGGCGCCAAGAUGCAAGUCGCGUCCAUGGCGCCAACGAAAGCGGUGGCCUCGCCGCGGCCAUUCGAGCUGCGCCACUGCACGACCACGUACGAAGGCAACAUUAUGAGCGAAGACCGGAGCGACUGCUGGACGCAGUCGCCGGACACGGCCCUCUUUGCGGUCUAUGACGGCCACGGCGGCGAGAUCGCGGUCAACUUCAUCCACAAGACGCUCGGCCCGCUCAUUUUAGACAACGUCCAAGCCAACGCGUCGCCGCUCAAGCGCAAGCGGGACGCGCCGCCGCCGCCGCCGCUCACAUCAGCGCUCAAGAGCGCGUUCCUCAAGUGCGACGAGCUGCUCAAGGAGAAGCUCCGGUCGUACGGACCGACGAUCGCCAGCUCCAAAGGCUUUUGCAACACGGGGUCGUGCGCGGUCACGGCGCUCUUCCGCGGCGACACGGUCUUGCUCGCCAACGUCGGCGACUGCCAAGCGGUGUUGGGCUACUCGACGUCGGCCAUCUCGACGGUCGACGUGGCGUCCAUGGCCGCCAAGGUGCUCACAACGACCCACGACUGCAACAACGCGGACGAAAUCAAGCGCGUCGUUGAGCGAAGCAACGACCGCAAUGCGAUUCGCAUGAGCAAAGACGACCGGUUGAGCUGCAGCGAGUAUGGCAUCAAGCGCGUCGCGGGCUCGCUGAGCGUCACGCGGGCCCUUGGCGACUGGUACUUGAAAGCGGACGAGUUCAGUGCGCCGCCGUACAAGGCCAAGGUGCCCUACAUCACCGCCGAGCCCGACGUGGUUGUGCACCACAUCACCAAGCGCGACAAGUUUUUGAUUCUGGCGAGCGACGGGCUCUGGGAGGUGGUGCCCCCGCUCCUCGCCGUCCAGAUCGUCACCAACUACGUGACAACGGCGGCCAACGCUGGCGAGGCGCCGAUUCCAAAUGCCAGUGCUGCGCUCGUGCACUGCGCGCUCGACCGCGCCGCGAGCAAGGAAGGCCUCGCGCUGCACGACCUCCUCGCGAUUUCCAAGGGGCCUCAGCGAAGGAGCAUCCACGACGAUAUCACGUGCACCGUGAUCUUCCUUGAGCACGCCUAGAAGUAGCAUAAGAACUAUACACCAUUGCGCAAUACUGUCCUUUCU